UCACCACAACCCAAUCUUUUUACAGUACAGACGGCGAUCUCCCGCUUUUACAGACAUCCUCACACAACAUCAACUAGUGACGCAUUCAACUGUCAAUCUUCUCUCUCACACUCUUUCUCUCUCCUCUUCUUCUUCGCUUCGAUCGUCUUCGCUGCCUUCAACUCUUUAUCAAUGGCGGAAGAAGAGAGAGAACCACCUCUAACAAUGGACAAAGACACCAAUCUUCUCUCCAAAGUUGCAGCAAAUCACCUAUUCCUUACUCAAUUCGAGGCAUUUCGUGCUACAAUCCUUAGUCUCCGUCAUCGGAACCCUAAUCUUGCGCUAUCUCUGCUUCAGACGAUUGUCGUUAAUGGCGGAAACUUCAAGAAUGCUGUUUACUCUACUAAUUGUUCGUCACCUGCUCUUCUUACUUGGCUUUCGUCGCUUGAACUUUUUCAGUUUGAGAAUUGGACUUCUGUUUGGUCGAGUUCGGUAUCGGCUGAUUCGAUUAGGUUUCGUGUUGAGUUCUUGCUGUAUGUUCAGAUGAUUAGUGCUAGGGUUUCGGAGAGUGUUGAUAGGGUUGCGGAGGUGGAGGAGGAGUCGGAGGAAGUGUUGAAGGAAUUGAGAGGUUCUAUGCGAUUGUUGGAUGGAUUGAUGGAGUUAGGGUUGAGGAGAUUGAAGGAGGAUUUGAUUGUUGAUUUGGAAGAUGAAGAAAAGGAAGAAUUGAUUGUUGUUAGAGAGGAGGAAUUGAUGUGUUUGAGGAGAGUAAUUCUCGAAAAUGUGGACAUUUUCGUGUCGUUGUGUGAGAAUAUACAGGAACAGGUAGGCGCGGAGUUAGAGAAAGAUGAUGACAAUGGUUUGGCAAUUACUGUGAGGAGAGAAGGGAGAGUAGGGACUGUUUCGAGUGAGGAGGAUCAAAGAGUGUUGAAAUCAAUCCAGAAGUAUGUACAAAUCGCGCUUUUGGAUGAAGUGAGACAAUGUGUAAAUAAGGAAAAUGUAGAUGAAGCUAUUUCGCAUAUUCGAUGUUUGCGCUUAGGUUAUGGAGUCUCCGAGGAAGAAUAUCGGUUGGUAUUUCAAGAUUUGCUCCAAAAGGUUUUAUCAGGAAUAGAGGGUCCAGGAGAUGUUUCCCGCACAUCACGGGAUAAGUUGCUGUACAUAUAUCGAGAAGCUCUGUCAACCAACUGCACUCAUCUUGUUCAAAUGCUCCAGGCUGUUCAAGACCAUCUUUUGCUAGAAGAGAUAAAUAUGUUGAGGGCUUCUGACAAUCAGAUUCUGCCCCCGUUAAUGCAACUUCACAAUCGCAUGCAAAAGAAGAAACUUGAGAACGUCAACAAUGACACAUCUUUAUCUUCUGACUUGGAUAUUACAGUUUGUAUGCGAGAUUUAUACCAUUAUUCCCGUGUUGCUGGAUUGCAUGUUUUGGAGUGUGUUAUGGAAACGGCUCUUUCUGCUGUCAAGAAUGAGCAGCUGGAAGAAGCAAGCUAUGUCGUGUCAUUGUUUCCACGGCUUCAACCCCUAGUUAGUGUCCUGGGGUGGGAUUUAUUGUCCAGCAGAACUGCUGCUCGAAGAAAAUUAAUGCAGCUACUUUGGACAGGCCAGCCAAAAAUUUGUCAGCUUGAUGAUUCCUCUCUUUAUGAAAAUGGUUCAGAUGAGAAAUCGUGCAUUGAGUUUCUUUGUGAUUCCUUGUGUUAUCGGCUUGACUUUGCUUCUUUUGUUGCUUGUGUCAAUUCGGGUCAACCAUGGGAUAUUAGAUCCUCCUUAUUUUUGUCUGGUAAUGGCCAAGUAGAUUUCCAAGAAGGGAAUGCUCAUUUGGAUCCUUUUGUGGAGAACUUGGUUUUGGAAAGGCUAUCUUCCCAGAGUCCUUUACGGGUUUUAUUUGAUGUUGUUCCAACCAUUACAUUUGAGGAUGCUAUUAAAUUGAUUAGCAUGCAGCCAACAGACUCUACUGCAGCAGAAUGGAAAAGGAUGCAGGAUGGCGAACUGAUUCACAUGCGCUAUGCGCUUGACUAUGCCGUCAUGGCAUUGGGAGCUAUGGAAAAGAGUGUUUCUGAUGAUCAAAUUUGCUAUCCUCAGUUGUCAUUAAGAUUUUUGAAAGAACUUAGGCAUCAUCUUGAGGCUGUCAAUAGUGUGGCACGCAAGAUAUUCAUGGUGAACAUUAUUAUUUCACUCCUACAUGUUGACAGCAUCUCAGUUGAUUUUGAACAUUGUGGCUUAGCAGGGAGCAACUACGAGCUAUCUCGUGCUGGCCAGCAGCAGUAUGAUGAUGUCAAUUUUGACAAAAUGGGAAACCACAUGGCUGUUUCUAUUGUUGAAUUUCUACUUGAUACUUUGCGUCACAAUUUACCAACAGAGCUGACGUUGGAGGUUACCAACUCUAGUGGUGAAAGAGAAGCCUUGGAGUGGAGAAUAUUGAAUGCUAGAAAUUUCAUUGAAGAUUGGCAAUGGCGCUUGUCAGUUUUGCAGCAACUUUUGCCUCUACCUGAGCUGAAGUGGAGAUGGAAGGAGGCAUUGACUAUACUACGUGCAGCACCAUCAAAGUUGCUCAACCUGUGCAUGCAAAAGGCAAAGUAUGACAUAGGGGAGGAGGCGGUGCAUAGGUUUUCUUUGUCAUAUGAAGAUAGAGCUACACUUGCACUGGCUGAAUGGGUGGACGACACUUUCAAAAGAGCGUCUGUCGAGGAUGUUGUUUCUCGUGCUACAGAUGAAACAGUGACACUGCAAGAAAUUGAUUUUUCCUCGUUACAAUCUCAAAUUGGUCCUAUUGCAGCUAUUCUUCUCUGUAUAGAUGUUGCUGCUGCUUCUGCUAAGUCUAAAGACAUGUCUGAGCGACUUCUGGAUCAGGCUCAAACCAUGUUGUCGGAAAUAUACCCAGGAGGGUCUUUAAAGAUUGGAUGGGAUCAGAUCCAAGAAAUUGCAUUGGUUUCAGUAGCAAGACAUCUUCUCAAACGACUACGUGAAUUUUUAGAGGAGGAAAAUUCUGCCACCCUUCAGUCUAUUUUGUCAGGGGAGAUGAACAUUACUUUUUCUCAUCAACAAGGCCAUAGAGAUCGUGCUCUUGCAUUGCUACAUCAGAUGAUUGAAGAUGCUCAUAUGGGUAAACGACAGUUUCUGAGCGGCAAACUUCAUAAUCUUGCAAGAGCAGUAGCUGAUGAAGAAAUAGGGAUUGAUCUUGUCAAAGUUGAAGGCAGGGAGCAAAAAUAUCUCUUGGAUAUUGACAGGAAUAAUUUUCUGGGACUUGGGCUCAGAAGUACUAAACAGCCAUCCUCAAGUUCAGCUCAACCUUCAGCUUAUGACAUGAAAGAUGCUGAAAAGCGGCUUUUUAGCCCCUUGAGUGCAAAACCAUCAACAUAUCUCUCACAAUUUGUUCUUCAUAUUGCUGCAAUUGGUGAUAUUGUUGAUGGCACUGAUACAACUCAUGACUUUAACUACUUCUCGCUCGUAUAUGAAUGGCCUAAGGAUCUUGUAACGCGCCUAGUUUUUGAAAGAGGUAGCACUGAAGCAGCUGAAAAGGUUGCAGAAAUCAUGUCUGCUGAUUUUGUUCAUGAAGUGAUCUCAGCUUGUGUACCUUCUGUCUAUCCUUCACGUUGUGGCCACGGUUGGGCUUGUCUUCCAUUGGCUGCAUCCAGUGCUAAGUUUAGCCAUGCUAGUCAUUUAACGACAUCUUCUGGUAGAGGGACUUGCGCAAGUGACGUCAGCAGUUCCUUGGCUUCGGCUGGAAUUGCUCAAUAUCAUCUACAGUUGGACAUAAUAAAGCAUUUGGUCAAAAUUUCACCAGUUAGAGCUGUACUUGCUUGUGUCUUUGGAAGCAGUAUGUUAUACAGUAGUAAUGAGUCAUCCUUUCAUAGUCCCUUGAACGAAGAAUUGCCGCAUUCACCAGAUACUAACCACAUGUUCUAUGAAUUCGCUGUUGAUCAGUCAGAAAGAUUUCCAACUUUGAACCGAUGGAUACAGUUGCAGACUAACCUUCACCGAGUAUCUGUGAUUUCUGAAACACCCAAGGAUGCAGAUGAUGCUAGUGGAAUACAAAGUAACCGAAAAUUUUCUGUUAAACGAUCUCGAGAGCUUGACACUGACACUGAGUCCGACAUUGAUGAAAGUAUUGGAAGUAACACUGCAGCAUUUGCUCCAGAAAUUGCUCAAGCUACAGUUGAUCGUGACACAUUGCAGGAUUCCAUGCAUCAAGCUGCUGAAGAUGAUGCUACUACUUUUCUAACUUUUGACUGGGAAAAUGAAGAGCCAUAUGAGAGGACUGUUAAAAGAUUAAUUGAAGAAAAGAAUAUAAUGGAUGCACUCAGUUUUUCCGAUCGUUGUUUGCGAGGUGGGGCAUCAGAUGAGUUGCUUAGACUUCUUAUUGAACAUGAAGAAAACAGCCAAAACUCUGGAAGUUCGCAAGGGCAUGUUGGGAACAGGAUGCUGAGUGAUAGUUGGCAGUAUUGUCUCAGAUUGAAAGACAAACAACUAGCAGCUCAGCUAGCCCUAAGAUUUUUGCAUAGCUGGGAACUAGAUGCUGCUUUGGAUGUGCUCACUAUGUGUAGCUGUCAUCUGCCUCAGAGUGAGCCUAUUAAAAAUGAGGUCCUACAACGAAAACAAGCUUUACAAAAGUACAAGCACAUAUUAUCUGCAGAUGACCAGUACCGAAGUUGGCAGGAGGUUGAAGCAGCUUGCAAGGAUGAUCCUGAGGGCUUAGCACUUAAAUUAGCUGAAAAGGGAGCUGUUUCUGCUGCUUUGGAGGUAGCUGAGAGUGCCGGAUUGUCUAUUGAUCUUCGUAGAGAAUUACAAGGAAGACAGCUUGUCAAGCUUCUUACAGCAGACCCAUUGAGUGGAGGGGGUCCAGCUGAAGCCUCACGUUUUCUUUCAUCUUUGCGUGACUCAAAUGAUGCUUUACCUGUUGCAAUGGGAGCUAUGCAACUUUUGCCUAACCUGAGAUCAAAGCAACUUCUUGUUCACUUUUUUCUGAAACGGAAGGACAGUAAUCUAUCUGAUGCUGAGGUAUCUAGGCUGAACUCAUGGGCUUUGGGUCUUCGUGUGCUUUCUGCCUUGCCAUUGCCAUGGCAGCAAAGAUGCUCAUCCCUCCAUGAGCAUCCUCAACUGAUCCUUGAGGUGCUGUUGAUGAGAAAACAGUUACAGUCUGCUUCUCUGAUCCUUAAGGAGUUUCCUUCGCUUAGGGACGACAAUGUAAUUCUCAAAUAUGGUACCAAGGCCAUUGCUGUCAGUAUCAGCUCCCCACCCAGAGAAACACGAAUAUCUGUAUCUGGCUCUAGACUUAAGCAGAAAACAAAAACUGCAACUCCUACAAAAUCAUCUUUGACCAGUAGUUUUAGUAACUUGCAAAAGGAGGCUCGGCGGGCAUUUUCUUCUUGGACUCCACGUGGAUCUGCAGACAAAGUCCCUCCAAAGGAGCCACACAAAAAGAGGAAAAGCUCUGUUUUAACACCGUCUGAGAAAGUUGCAUGGGAAACAAUGACAGGAAUUCAAGAAGAUCAUGCUUCCUCGUUAACUGCUGAUGGACAAGAUCGACUUCCUUCUGUGUCAAUUGCUGAAGAAUGGAUGCUGACAGGUGACCCAAAGAAGGAUGAUGGUGUCCGUUCUUCUCAUCGAUAUGACAGUGCUCCAGACAUCAUCUUAUUUAAGGCACUUCUUUCCUUGUGUUCUGAUGGAACAAUUUCUGCAAAAGGUGCCAUAGAUUUGUGUGUCAAUCAAAUGAAGUGCGUUUUAAGCUCUCAACAACUUCCCGAGAAUGCUUCUGUUGAAAUUAUUGGGCAAGCAUACCAUGCAACAGAAACAUUUGUAGAGGGACUACUCUAUGCUAGAUCACUGCUUAAGAAACUUGUUGGGAGCAGUGACUUACCUGGUAAUUCUGAAAGAAGCAAGGAUGCAGAUGAUGGAUCAUCUGAAGCUGGAAGCUCUAGUGCUGGUAAUCAAAUUACAGAUGAACUAUCUGAGCUCUUGUCGCAAGCUGAUGCCUGGCUUCGACAUGCGGAAUUACUUCAGAGCCUUCUUGGAUCAGGAAUUGCUGUUUCUCUUGAUGAUAUUGCUGACCAGGAGUCAUCUGCGUGUCUUCGUGACAGAUUGAUUGGGGAGGAACGUUAUAGCAUGGCUGUCUAUACUUGCAAAAAGUGCAAGAUUGAUCUUUUUCCCGUAUGGAUCGCAUGGGGGCAUGCUUUACUUCGUAUGGAGCACUAUUCACAGGCCCGUGUGAAAUUUAUACAAGCUCUCCAACUGCGCAAGAUCGAUCCUGACUUCCAUGUUGCACCAGUUAUUUUGGACAUCAUUAACACUAUUGAAGGUGGUCCUCCAGUUGAUGUGUCUGCAGUUCGUUCCAUGUAUGAACAUCUUGCAAAAAGUGCACCGACAAUUCUAGAUGAUUCUCUAUCUGCAGAUUCAUAUCUUAAUGUCCUGCACAUGCCAUCUACUUUUCCUCGUUCAGAGAGGUCAAGGGGGUCCCAAGAGCCUGAAAAUAGUAGCUCAAUGAGUGGCACAGAUUAUGAUGAUGGACCACGCAGCAAUCUGGAUAAUAUUCGGUACCUUGAAUGUGUCAACUACCUUCAAGAUUAUGCACGACAGGAUUUGCUAGAUUUUAUGUUCAGGCAUGGACAUUAUAAUGAUGCUUGCUUGCUAUUCUUUCCUCCUGACGGUGUUCCUCUACCUCCUCAACCAUCAUCUGUCGGGACAGUUACUUCAUCUUCAUCUCCACAGAGACCAGACUCUGUGGUAACUGAUUAUGGCACCAUUGACAGUUUAUGCGAAUUUUGUAUAAACUAUGGUGCUAUGUCUGUGUUGGAAGAAGUGAUUUCUGCGAGGAUUUCAUCUUCAGCAUCCCUAGACUCUGCUGUAAAUAAGUAUACUGAGAUGGCAUUGGCUAAAAUAUGCAACUAUUGCGAGACUCAUAAACAUUUUAACUACCUCUACAAGUUUCUGGUGAUUAAAAGAGAUCAUGUUGCUGCUGGUCUUUGCUGUAUUCAGUUAUUUAUGAAUUCUUUGUCCCAAGAAGAUGCGGUAAAGCAUUUGCAAAAUGCCAAGGUACAUUUUGAUGAUGGGAUAACAGCCCGUAGAGAGACAGCUAAACUUGUCGGAAAAGGCAUUCGAGGUAAAAGUGCCUCGGAGAAACUUACUGAGGAAGGACUCAACAAACUUUCAGCUCGGGCUGCUAUUCAGGUUGAAGUUGUGAAAUGCCUGAAUGAAACUGAAGGUCCACAGUGGAAACAUUCUGUCUUUGGAAAUCCAAAUGAUCCUGAAACGUUCAGGAGGAGGUGUCAAAUUGCAGAAACUCUUGCAGAGAAGAACUUUGACUUGGCUUACCAAGUUGUCUGUCAAUUUGAUCUUCCUGCUGUGGAUAUUUAUGCUGCGGUCGCUGCAUCGCUUGCUGAAAGGAAAAAGGGGAACCUGUUGACUGAAUUUUUAAGGAACAUUAAGGGGAAUAUAUUUGAUGAUGAAUGGGAUGAGGUUUUGGGGACUGCCAUAAAUGUUUAUGCAAACAAACAUAAGGAGCGCCCAGAUCGUCUCAUAGACAUGUUAAUCAGUACCCACAGGAAGGUGUUGGCUUGUGUUGUCUGUGGUCGUCUAAAAGGUGCUUUCCAAAUUGCCUCCAGAAGUGGCAGUGUGGCCGAUGUUCAAUAUGUGGCACAUCAGGCUCUGCAUGCGAAUGCACUCCCAGUUCUUGACUUGUGCAAACAAUGGUUGGCUCAAUAUAUGUAAUUCUUUAUUGAGGUGAUUACACUAAUUGGAGAUAGCACUUGGCUUGAAGGGGUGAUGUCAGUUGCUGCAGAAGCAUGAUGCUUCUUUUGGGGUGAUUCAUCUGUAAAACAACACUUGGAUCGACAAACUCCAGUUCUGUACUUAUCUUAACCAAAUGCCAAUUUUGAGAGCUUUGUUUUCUGACAGUUCUGCAUGUCUAUUAAACUCUUGGUGGUCAUGCUGCAUUGCUGGACCUAAUUGUUGAAAUGGCAGCUUGCUACUUCAAGCAACAGAAGAAUGUGCAUUGAGUUUGGUGUUGUUGAGAUGUAAAUGCAACAAGUUUACACAUGGUAAAAGAAAAUAUAGGAUUAUAGUUAUACAGCAAACUUCCUUGCGGCCUGUACCCUGAGUUUGUAUAUAACUUUCCGAGUUUGUACAUAAUUGGCCUUAGUCAUACUUCACCAUUUUGUAGUUGUUGAGGCUUAUGUUGAUAGAUUUAGGGUACAGUUUAGGAAAAGAAAAGGUUUUAGUAUACCUGGUGAGAUAGUUUACAUUGUAAGAAUGUUAGAUUGUAACAAAGUUUUGACAGCUCCUACAUUACAUUUGUGCUCAAGAACAAGCAGGCACAUAUAAACUGUUGAAAGAGAAAAGCAUUGAUUAAAUAAAAUUUAUUGUUGUGUAGUGUUUACAAAUCUUA